GACCUCCUUUUUUAACCACAAACCGAAUUUUCGUUCAUUUAGACGAUAUAUACGUUUUAAAUUGCCCCAAAGUUGUAGGAUUUUUUUGGAGCGCGUUUCGCCCUGGAGCGGUACGCCAUGCUCUCUCACGCCGACCUCCUGGAUGCUCGGCUCGGUGAGUUAUCAUCACUAAACUCCGGCCCUAAACUCCAGUGGAUGAAGGAUGCUGCAGAGUUACUCGGACACCGAGAAGCUCUCAAGUGCCGGCUGGGUGGUGGAGUGCAAGACCAGGGGCAUCCGGGAGACAUGGCCCCUGGUUCAGACUCUGUGGAGGGAACCACUCUCCUGCCGGGAGAAGACAUCGCUACUGUGGGAUCCAACUCUGCCGGCAUGCCUGUGAACGGGAAGGAGCAGGAGAAGCAGCAACAGCAACCGCAGCAGAGCUCCGGACAGACCUCCAGUCAGCAGAAACAGAAGCGGCACAGGACGCGCUUCACCCCGGCGCAGCUCAACGAGCUGGAGCGCAGCUUCGCUAAAACCCACUACCCUGACAUCUUCAUGCGGGAGGAACUGGCGCUGAGGAUCGGCCUCACUGAGUCCAGAGUUCAGGUUUGGUUCCAGAACAGACGCGCUAAGUGGAAGAAAAGGAAGAAGACCACCAAUGUUUUCCGCGCCCCGGGGACGCUGCUCCCAACCCCAGGCCUGCCACAGUUCUCGGCCGCGGCCGCCAUGGAGAACAGCCUGUGCUCCUUCCACGCCAACGACUCUCGCUGGGCCACGGGGAUGCCGGGGGUCUCCCAGCUGCAGCUCCCGCCGUCCUUGGGUCGCCAGCCUGGCAUGCAGUCCCUGUCACAAUGCAGCCUGGGUCCAGGACCGCCACCAAACUCGAUGGGUCUCUCCAACGGCCUGUCCUCCAACGGCUCCGGUCUGCAGUCCCACCUCUACCAGUCGCAUUUCCCCGGAAUGUCGGCAUCUCUCUCCGGCCCCACGAACGUAUCGGGCUCCCCGCAGCUGUGUAGUUCCCCGGACAGUGACAUGUGGAGAGGGACAAGCAUCGCGUCACUGCGGCGCAAAGCGCUGGAGCACACAGUGUCCAUGAGUUUCACUUAGUGACUUUUCAAAAACACCCUGCCACACACACCCCUUCCCCUCCCUCUCCCAGCCCCAACAUGCGGCUCUUUUUCUGUUUUUAUUCCCGCUAUUUAGAUGACGAGAGAACGAGCGAGCUAAUCAGGCCUGAAACGAGAGAAAAUGGAGACUGUAUGUGACUUCAUCUAUACAUGACAAAAAGGAAAGGACAACUCUGAUGGACAAAUGGAAGAAAAAACUUGGGUUUGGGGUUAUUUAUCUUGUUAAUUCAAAAGGAUUUUAUCAACUAUUGAUGAAUAAUAUUAUUGUAAUGAUCUCUAGACUAUAGGCCAUAAUUACUGAGAGCCAAACAAUCGUCGUAUUUACGUUUUCACUGAGUGUGUCUAUGCACACAUGUUAUUGUGUUCAGGUGAAGUUGUGUUAUGUCAAACGGUUAUUUAUAAGAUUGGGUAUACAUUUUGGUAACAGUCACACAUGCACCAUACUGUAGGCAGGCCUAUUGAACUGGGUCUCAGGCAUGCACUGUGCAUGUGGAUUUAAACGCUUGGAUGAUUUAUGGAGAAAAUGUGCCCACAGUUGCGGUAUAUUUGUUAGGCGACCUCAGUCUCGUCUGCAUGAGACAGGAGCAUUCAUCUAAAGAGGGAAAAAAAUACAAGGAUCUUUCAGUAGGCCUACUCUGUUUUUAGGAUGUUUUGUGUAGAUGAAACAUUCUUGCUAUGUACCCGCUGGUCUUUUUUGUGACAUGUUUUAACUUCUUGUAUGUGCUAUUACUUGACACAUUUCUUAAAUGUUUGAUCUUACAUCGAAAUGCACCACAUUGACGGGUUUGUACCAAUUUAAAAUGAAAGAAACAAAUAAAAGUAAUUUUCA